AUGGAGUCGUUAGAUCUUUCUCUCGCCAUUUCUCCAAGACCCAUUGUCAAACGAAAACAGACUGAGUUUACUAAUGGGGAAAAGCAGCAAUCUGAGAAUGUUUCCAUUGAGUUUGGCACCAAUUCUGUCUCCUCAUUCCCUGAUGUUGCUUCAUUGAAGUCCGGAAAAUCUAUCUUAAAGACCAAGAGGCAUUCAGAAAUUGGUUACAAGCUUGAUCACCAUCAUGGCGAGCCGAUGAAUCCGCUGAUAACUGAGGUAAAUGUGGCCUCAUCAGCUGCAAGGAGAGCCACCUGCCGGAAGCCAUUAACGCACUGGACUGAGGAAGAACAUGAGUUAUUCUUAAUGGGGAUAGAAAUGUAUGGAAGGGGGCAGUGGAAGAAGAUUUCAGAGACUUAUUUACUCACCAGAACCCCAAGCCAAAUCUCAAGCCAUGCCCAAAGUCAUUUCAAAAGAAACCGGAAAAAGAACCUGCGCACCAUCAACUUUCUGGAGGUUGAUAAUUGCACCACCUCCCAGACCAGUAAACCAAACAAGUCUUCAACAUCAACCGUCGACGAAUCCGACCGAUCCAUCGUGAACCCGGUGGCACGGCCAACCUUGAACUUGUUCCCGGUGGUGGCAGCGACUUCGUCGGUUAAUGACAAGGUUUUCCCACCUUGUAGCAUGUCCAUGGGGUUGAGAAGUCACCCUUUUGAUGGACAGAUAGGGUUGAAUUGA